UCUGCUUCCCGAACCCUACUGCUCUUCCAAAGUCUCUCCUCUCCCAAACCCUCCUGCCGCCGCCGCCGCCGCCUACCACCGAGCAGCAACCAUGCCGCCCAAGUUGGACCCAUCGCAGGUGGUGGAGGUCUAUGUCCGCGUGACGGGAGGCGAGGUCGGCGCGGCGUCGUCGCUUGCCCCCAAGAUCGGCCCUCUCGGUCUCUCCCCUAAGAAGAUCGGUGAGGACAUCGCCAAGGAGACGGCCAAGGACUGGAAGGGCCUCCGCGUCACCGUCAAGCUCACCGUCCAGAACCGUCAAGCCAAGGUCUCCGUCGUCCCUUCCGCCGCGGCCCUUGUCAUCAAAGCCCUCAAGGAGCCCGAGAGGGACAGGAAGAAGGUGAAGAACAUCAAGCACAGUGGCAACAUCAGCCUAGACGACGUCAUCGAGAUCGCCAAGAUCAUGAAGCCCAGGUCCAUGGCGAAGGAGAUGACCGGGACUGUCAAGGAGAUCCUCGGUACCUGCGUCAGCGUUGGGUGCACCGUCGACUCAAAGGACCCCAAGGAUCUUCAGACGGAGAUCGACGAUGGCGAGGUCGAGAUUCCCUCCGCUUGAAGGCUUGAGAUUAUCAUCUGAUGACAUGGAAGUCAUGUCCUUUUCCAAAUGCUGCUUCUGUAUCUCACCAAGGACGUGACCCUUCCUAUUUUUGUCAUGCUUUUGUAGUAAUCUUGUGGGACCUGUUACCGCACUUGGACAAAUCAAUCUAUAUACCAUUGGAUGUGGUGAAAAGUUCUUGCAUGUGUUGGUUCAUUUAACUGGGUGAUGCCUCGUAGUGACAUAGUAGUACCCUAUGCAAUCGAGGUUGUUUACCUGGAUGAAAUGCGACUCUUUAGGCCGAGGAUCCUUGUAUCCCUCAUUUGACUGAAAUGGUGCAAGUGUUGAGUUGCUCUUC